AUGGAAUCUCCAUUGAUGUUUCUCAUCACACUAUCAUUCUUUCUUCAAUCACUCCUUGUUGCUUCUCACAACCCAUCAAACUCUUCAACAAUCUGCAAAACAACGCCGGAUCCAAAAUACUGCAGAUCUGUUUUCCCCCACAGCCAAGGCAAUGUUCAACAAUACGGCCGUUUCUCAAUCCGCAAAUCGCUAUCGCAGUCGCGAAAGUUCAUUCGUACGGUCGAUAGAUAUUUAAAACGCAACGCUCAUAUAUCUCAACCCGCCGUUAUCAGAGCUCUCCAAGACUGUCGUUUCCUCGCCGGUCUAACCAUGGAUUACCUCUUAACGUCGUUUCAAACAGUUAACGUCACGUCAAAAACGUCCUCGUCCUUCAACACGUUAUCGAUUCCAAAGGCUGAGGAUGUCCAAACGCUUCUUUCCGCAGCGUUGACUAACGAGCAGACGUGUCUGGAAGGCCUCACCACGGCCGCUUCAUCUUCCGCCACGUGGACGGUAAGAAACGGAGUUGCUUUGCCUCUAGUCAACGACACGAAGCUCUUCAGCGUCUCACUCGCUCUCUUCACUAAAGGUGGGUCCCAAAGAAAAAGAAACGAGCCGGGUUUGCUUGGGCCCACCCGAGAUCCGGAUCAUCCACCCACGCUAAACCAUUCCGUCUGUUCCGUAACGGAGCUCUACCGUUAA